CGACCAUGGGGGGCAGCCUGCGGGUGGCAGUUCUGGGAGCCCCAGGCGUGGGCAAGACGGCCAUCAUCCGCCAGUUCUUGUUCGGCGACUACCCCGAGCGCCACCGGCCUACCGACGGGCCGCGCCUCUACCGUCCCGCUGUGCUGCUCGACGGCGCGGUCUAUGACCUGAGCAUCCGCGACGGCGACGUCGAUGGCCCUGGCCCUGGCCCGAGCCCCGGGGGGCUAGAGGAAUGGCCAGACCCUAAGAACUGGAGCUUGCAGGACACCGACGCCUUCGUGCUUGUCUACGACAUCUGUAGCCCGGACAGUUUCGACUACGUGAAAGCCCUGCGGCAGCGCAUCGCGGAGACCAGGCCUGCGGGCGCGCCCGAGGCUCCCAUCCUCGUGGUAGGGAACAAGCGGGACCGGCAGCGGCUGCGCUUCGGACCGCGGCGCGCGCUGGCCGCCCUGGUGCGCAGAGGCUGGCGCUGCGGCUACCUCGAGUGCUCCGCUAAGUACAACUGGCACGUGCUGCGUCUCUUCCGCGAGCUCCUGCGCUGCGCUCUGGUGCGCGCGCGCCCUGCGCACCCGGCCUUGCGCCUGCAGGGGGCGCUGCAUCCAGCGCGCUGCAGCCUCAUGUGACCGAAUUGGACGCCGCCGCCGAUGGGUCUAUUUGUAACAGCCGGUAUCCGGAUUGGGCGGGACUGCGCAACUUCAGUCGGAUUGGACAGGGCAGAGUCCCCCAUGAUUGGAUGGGGAAAGCUACCACCCCAGUCUCCUGGGCAACAAGCCUCUCUUGGAACCUCAUUGCACCCAGCCAGGUCCCAAGCCCCACUGGACAGAUCAGUGCUUUCUGGGAUCUUACUGGGUCACAAACCCAGUGCAUA